CUUGUAUAAAUAUAUCAGCUCUUUCACCAGUUCAACAAACGACUUGGGGACGUAGAAUAGACUAACGACUUGAAGACAUAUAGCUUCUAACCCUACAUAAAACGAAAGCCUACUGAGAUCGACAUGAGGAUAGGGAGUGUGAUUUUAUGGGGGAUUACCCUUCUGAUGUAUAUGGUAUUGGUGUCGGCACAAGAUCCUGAAUCAAGCUCGCCCAAAACGUUUGUCACGUCAAUAACUAUGUGUGCCGCUCAGCUUUCUAAAAUGAAUAACAAAUAUUCUAGAAGGGCGAAUCUCUACAAACUCCCUACACGGCCCGAAAUACGCCAAAGAUUUACAUCACAAGCUGGAUCUCCAUGUCCCAACACUGGUCGUUUAUUCCGUACAGCUGAUGGUUUCUGUAAUAAUAUUCGCAGACCGUCCCUAGGACAAUCAUUUGAACGAUUUAAACGAUUUGUUCGCUCAAACUACAAUGAUAGAAAGGGUUCACCAAGAAUAUUUGGACGGUGUCGAAGAGUCGGAAGAAGGUGGUGUUCCAGAAGAUUAUUACCAAGUGCUAGGACUGUCAGUACCGUCGUACACCCGGAAGUCAAGACACAAUCAAUUGGUACAGUCAUGCGCAUGCAGUGGGGACAAUUCUUAGAUCAUGAUUUUACUGCUGCGGCUGUAGAACAACCCGAAUCGCCGAGAACCUGUUGUGACCAAGCCGCCAGUGACUCUACAAUCUUUAGAGGCACGGACGACUGUUUCCCCAUACAGAUUCCCCAGACGCCUGUACCAGAUCGAUUUUUCACACAAACAUGUCUGGAGUUGGUUCGAUCACGAGCCAUUGAUGUUAACUUUACUCGACGCAAUCCACGAGAACAACAGAAUUUAUUGACAGCUUUUGUGGAUGCUUCCAAUGUUUAUGGCAGUGACCAGGAAACACAGGAUCGUCUACGAGGAGUUAACGGACGUAUGAAGACAUCGGCUGGUGAUUUAUUACCACGAGGUAGAGAUGAAGAUUGUAUACGAGGACCUAAUGCUCCAUUCUGUUUCGAUGCUGGUGAUGAACGAGUGCACGUGUUCCCGGGUUUGACGGCUUUACACACGCUCUUUGUGAGAAUCCAUAACUACAUUGUAGAAGAUCUAACCCAACAUAAUGCCAAGUGGAAUGGAGAAAGAUUAUUUCAGGAAACCAGAAAAAUUAUCAGCGCCAUUAUGCAGAGAAUUACUUAUUUAGAAUUUGUCCCCGAAGUAUUGUCGGAAUCGACCAUUAAGAAAUUCGACCUGGAUGAAGGAAACUUUAAAUACGAUAUCACAAGAGACCCAAGCAUAGCGAAUGUUUUCGCCACGGCAGUGUUUAGAUAUGGUCACUCUCUUAUUCCUAAUUUCUUGGUAAUCGACGGCAAACAGGUCUUGUCACGACAGCUCUUCAACAACCCAGAGUUCAUCUUCACCAGCUUGACAUCCCUGGUGGAGAAUCUGGUCUCUAAUCCGGCGGAACUGCGGGAUCGUUUCUUGACGGAGGAAAUCACGGAUCAUCUGUUUGAAACGGCUGCAGGAAGUUUUGAUUUGGCUGCUUUCAAUAUUCAGAGAGGUCGAGAUCAUGGUUUACCACCGUACAACUGGUUCCGGCGAUUCUGUCGUCUGCCUAGAGUCACAUCCUUCUCAUCUCCGGUUUUUGGUAAUGGCGGACCUUUCCUCGCAAAAGUCUACGAGCACGUCAAUGAUAUUGAUGUUUUUGCUGGGGGUAUGGUAGAGCUAAGUGAACCGGGGUCUACACUUGGUCCUCUCUUCUCCUGUCUUAUGGCCAGACAAUUCCGAGAUUUGAAAUUUGGAGACAGUUUUUGGUAUGAAACUAGAGACAGGCGGCGUGGAUUCAGUGCUGCUCAACGGCGAUCUAUCGGACGUGUUACUUUGUCACAGCUUGUAUGUCAAGGUGGUUUUGGUUUGAAGAGUGUUCAGAGGAAUCCAUUCAAAGUCGUCCGAGCAGGAAAUCUUAAAGUUGACUGUAGCAGGUUUCCAAAAAUUGAUCUGUCUCCGUGGUACGAGCAUUAAACACCUGAACAGGUACACAACACCUGAACAGGUAAACAACACCUGAGCAGGUAUACAACACCUGAACAGGUAUACAACACCUGAACAGGUAGACAAUACUACCGACAGAAAAACAACACCUAUUGUUCGAGACUUGAGAGAAAAACAACCAUUGUUCGAGACUUGUCUUCAGAGAGAAAAAAAUCAAACUUUGUAAAUUAUAAUUGAUUGAUUGAUUAAUUUAUUUGAUUUGUUUAUUUAACUGUUUUUUUUUUGUGAAAAUGAAAGUUGUAUUAUAGGCGAGUAAUUCUUAUAUUAAUACA